GAAAGCGUGAAGCAGACUCUCUAGGAAAACGUAAUGCAAACCCUCUAGAUAAGCGUAUUGCCCAUAAGGACGAUUAUUACGAUUCUUAUUCCACAUAUAGGUAUUACGACAGUCCAUACGGGUAUUACGACAGUCUAUACGGGUAUUACGACAGUCCAUACGGGUAUUAUGACAGUCCAUACGGUGAUUAUGACGGUCCAUACGGUGAUUACGAUUACGGUAAUUAUGGUCAUAGCGGAUACAAAUCCAAACGUAAUGCCAUACCUGAAAAACGUGGAGGCAAGGGCAAGGAUAAAGACUCUUAUUACGGAUACGGAUACGAUUAUUACAACUAUUAUAAUGAUUACAGCUAUUAUAAUGAUUAUAAAUAUUACAGCUAUUAUAAUGAUUAUAAUGACUAUAAUGACUACGAUUACGGAUAUGGCGGUUACAGCAAACGUAAUGCCUUGGCUAAACCUAAUCAAAAGCGUAGAGCUGAAGCUAGGCGCAGGCAUUAA